UCCCUUCUUUCCCCAUUGGCUCUCUGAUGACGUUUGUGGCGCCAGAAAUCAAGGACUGAAGCGGUGCUACGCUAGCAUGUCAGCGGGCGCGAAUCGGCGUGUAUCUUUUCUAUGCGGAUGACGUUCAACUUUACAUGAAUUUGAGUGCUGUAGUGACCCGCCGCCCGUCAUUAGUGCGUUUAUAACUUUGGGAAGGAAUCAACAUGGUAAUACUACGCAGUAGCGGCGGCGGCGUUGUUGUUCGACCAGUGGCCACAACAACUCCGAACAGGCGGUCGAUGGAGUUGGACACAAGCUCGGAGUUUCUAUCGCUUGUUCCCGCGUUGCAGAGAAAAUCCGGCCGGUCAACACGGACCACCAUCUCCCUGGACGAUAGCUUCAGCAGCCCUGAACACAACCGUGUGAAUGGAGAUGGUGAGCAGGAGACAAGAAGCGGUUUCCACAAUUUUCCAAAGACCAGAGGACAACAAGUCAAACUAGGGGUGUCCUUUUCGGGCAUGGAACCAAAGGUUGGAGGCUGCGCCACAAGGAAAUCUUCCAGGCUACAAAAGGAAGGCAAAACAUCUUGCGACAAACUGCAUGGAGAUGUUGCAGACGAAGUAGAGAGGACGUCCACUCCCAAAAGAAGCCGUGUUAACAUAAGGAGCCCUGAAGACGACGAGGAACACUCUUUACGGCGUAGUUCCCGAAUCACUCAACACAAAUUUAAUUCCCGGAAUCAAUCAGUCCUUUAUGAUCGCCUCAUCACUAAUACGGCUGAGGCUGUUCUGCAAAAGAUGGACGACAUGCAAAAGCUCCGACGCAGAUAUAACAGAGACGGUGAAGAAACGUUGAACACCAGAGGCAUAGUGAGGCAAUCUUUGAGGACCAAAGUGGUUGCUAAGGAUGCCCUGCAGCAAAACCAAGAUGAUAAUGAUGAAGAUGAGGACGACGACGAGGACGACGAGGAUGACGAGGACGACGAGGAUGACGAGGAUGAAGAUGAUGACAUUGAGGAUGAUGACGAUGAGGAUGCCGGGGAUGAAGAAAACCAGAGGCGUUACGAAUUCAGACAGAGAAAGACUGUGGUUCUCUACCAGGCACCACAAGAUGAACCCAGAGAACCCAAAGAGACCCGAGUGCCAAGAAAGGGCAGCAUGUACUUUAAGGACCACACAUCGCCGGCCAGACGCAGAUUUGCCUACAGUGCCACUGCUCCUCGGAGCCCCUAUAACAGGAGGAGGGCUAAUCGGAACAAUUCUGAGAGGAGGAGACAUGCCCUCCAUAGUAGUGACUCCACCUCUUCUUCCUCAGAAGAGGAGACUUUCCAAAGGAGGAAGAGCAAGAGCAAGAGCAGGAGCAGGUCGGUCAACAGAUGUCUCCCUAUGAACAUUGUGAAAGAGGACUUGCUGGGAGUCCACAAAGAUCGCAUGAAAAUCGGGGCAAGUCUGGCUGAUGUGGACCCAAUGAAGCUAGACAAGACGGUGCGCUUUGACACUAUCGGUGGUUUGGGCAGACACAUAUCUUCCCUCAAAGAGAUGGUGGUAUUCCCUCUACUUUACCCAGAAGUCUUUGAGAAGUUUCACAUACAGCCACCCAGGGGAUGUCUAUUUUACGGUCCCCCAGGCACUGGGAAAACCCUGGUAGCCAGAGCACUAGCCAAUGAAUGCAGCGAGGGGGAGAGAAAGGUGUCCUUCUUCAUGAGGAAAGGUGCUGAUUGCCUCACAAAGUGGGUUGGAGAGUCAGAGAGACAGCUACGCCUGCUGUUUGACCAGGCUUACCAAAUGCGUCCGUCUAUCAUUUUCUUUGAUGAAAUUGAUGGUUUGGCCCCAGUCAGAUCCAGCCGCCAGGACCAGAUUCACAGCUCCAUUGUGUCGACCCUCUUGGCUCUCAUGGAUGGAUUGGAUGGCAGGGGAGAGAUUGUGGUGAUCGGAGCCACCAACAGACUGGACUCCAUCGAUCCUGCUCUCAGACGCCCAGGCCGUUUUGAUAGGGAGUUCCUCUUUGGCCUGCCAGACAGAGAGGCUCGACGGGACAUUUUGAAGAUCCACACCCGACAUUGGAUGCCGCCACUCUCUGAAAGUUUCCUAGAGGAGCUGGCUGAUAAAUGUGUUGGUUAUUGUGGAGCAGACAUCAAGGCAGUGUGUUCAGAGGCAGCACUGUGUGCACUACGGCGCCGCUAUCCACAGAUUUACUCCUCAUCAGAAAAACUUGUGCUUGACGUUAAUUCUAUUGCCAUCACAGCAAAAGACUUUAUGUCUGCCAUGUCCAAGAUGGUGCCUGCUGCACAGAGAGCUGUAGUGUCACCUGCCAAAGCACUGAUACCGGCAGUUCGUCCGUUGCUGAGUGCUGUCUUGCAGGACAUCCUUCAAACUGUCAGCAAAGUGUUCCCACAUGCGGAGCAGGGCUUCAAAAGGAAGAGGACACAAGAUCAGUCGGGCGUGUCUGAUGAUGAGUUGACGUUCAGUGACGACCAGGAGAAAUCUGGUGGACAGACUCCUCAAAAAAAAACUCCUUCAAAGGAAAUUCUCAACCUCGAAAGAAAUGUGUUGAGCCAGCCGACCUCUUACCGUCCCAGGCUACUUUUGGAGGGUCGCCUUGGUUCAGGUCAAAGCUCCCAUUUGGCUCCUGCUGUACUCCAUGCCCUGGAGAAAUUCACAGUGUACACUCUGGAUAUGGCAGUGCUUUUUGGAGCCGGUGCAAUUGCACCAGAAGAGACCUGCGCACAGAUUUUUGUCGAAGCCAAGCGAACUUCUCCGAGUAUCCUUUACAUUCCUCACAUCGGACAGUGGUGGGAAACAGUGGGUCCUGCCCUAAGAGCCACCUUCAUCAGUCUACUGAGUUCCAUCCCUGCCUUUGCUCCUAUUUUGCUGCUGGCUACGUGCAGUCUACAAUACGAUGAGCUCAGUAUCGAGGUUCAGGAGCUCUUUCGGGUACAGUACGGAGAGGUGUACCAUGUCCCACUCCCCAUCAGCCAAGAAAGAAGACAUUUCUUUGAGGAUCUGCUCCUCAACCAGGCUGCCAAAGGACCUACCUCUCAAAAGAGAGCCAUGCACCAAACUGUAGAAGUGCUUGCGGUCGCCACCGCUCCUCCUCCACGCCAGCUGACAGAGCAGGAGGCCCGAAGACUGGCAGAACAAGAGGAAGACACCCUGCGGGAGCUGCGCCUCUUCUUGCGUGAUGUCACAAAUCGUCUGUCCCAGGAUAAGCGCUUCAAGGCUUUUACAAAGCCUGUGGAUUUAGGAGAGGUUCUAGAUUAUGCUGCUGUGAUAAAGAGGCCUAUGGACUUGUCAACUGUGCUUUCAAAGAUCGACCUCCAUCAGUACAUAACAGUCAAAGAGUUUGUUGAAGAUGUGGAUCUCAUUUGGAAGAAUGCGCUUGAAUACAACCCAGACAGGGACCCUUCAGACCGCCAGAUUCGACACAGGGCGUGUGCACUGAAGGACACAGUGCAUGCCAUCAUUCGACAGGAACUGGACGAAAAUUUUGAGAAGAUCUGUGAUGAGAUAAAAGAAUCACGCAACAAAAGAGGUUGCGCCACUGCACAACACGCUCCCUCUUUCUACCAGGUCCUUCCCAAACAGGCUAAACUUCCGACUGAGGCCAAAAUGGCUGACAGGACGCCACAAAGAGACACGGCUAAAGCCACAACUGCACUGACUCCGAGUACUACUUCUUCAAAUUUUUUUACUCCUAAAAGCUCAGUCCAAAGGAAGAGACGGCGAAAGAGUCGCUGGUCAUCUGGCAUCUAUUCAAGGAAGAAAUCUACCUCGACUUUUCAUGUCUCCAAAGACGACAUAGAGUUAGGCUCUGAUGAAGAAGAUGCAGAUGAAGAAACAGAGACUGAGAAAGGAACAGGUUCAGGAAAAGAUGAAGACACGGAUGUGGCUGCAGUGGUUGAAGGGACUGUGAAGGAUGUUAUUCUGUGUGAAAGUAAAAAAACAACAGAUGAGGACCAGACACCAAGCAAAACAGUGGACAAAGAUCUGACCGAUUUAGAAAUGACUGCAUAUAACACAGUCAAAGAUGGGCAAAAUAAGACCAGCAAUCAAGGGAAUAAAUCGGGACAAUCAAACACAGGUUGUGGUCAAACAUGCAGCAAAAACCUGGUACAAGCUUUUGCACAGGAAUUUAACAGCAAGGUUACAACUCAGGAGCAUGAGCCAAUGGAGGUGGCCAGCACCGAACAGUCCCCCGCAGAUAAAUUUAUGAGGCGACUGACCCGGGGCUCAAAGAACACAGUUCAGCAGCAGUUGUUUGACAUGGAGAAAGCCCUGCAGAUGCAGGAUCAUGAAAAACCUUCAUUGCCGGUGGACAGAGACAAAUUGAAGGAACUGCUAGACAACGUUGUGACUAAGACUGAUGGCUACGAGGUGCACAAGUUGGAGAAACUCUAUGCUCUCCUCUGCCAGUGUAUCUACAGACACAGGCAGGACCACUACAAAGCUGCACUAAUCAGGGAGUUGGAGAAAGAGAUCAAUGACUUCUGUUGAUAUUUCUACUAUGAUCUAUGAACAAUGUGAAUUUUUUAAAUAAUCAAACACUUAGUGUAAACAUGCAACUCUGUUUCUAAGUUCUUAUAAAUCUUUUUACCCACGACCAGAAUUUUUGUAUUACCAUUGGUUUAUAUUUAAAUAAAUGGCUUACUCUUUAUAAAUAAUACUGAGUGCCCUCUUUUGUAUUGUCUGCUUUAAACUGCCCAGUCUGAUGUUUGCAGUGUUUUUCCUAAUGCCUUAUUAGAAACCGCUGUAUUGUCUUUACAAUAGUAGAGUUUUACUUGUAUAACUAGUAAUUAGCGUUUUGUUUGUGCUAUUAAGUUUCGCUCAUGUAUGU